CAGAGGUUAAAGCUUCCUCUCACACAUGUCAGCACCAGAAGCAGAGGAAACACAUUCCUGUUGGAAGACAGAGGCAGACAAAUUAAAGAUCCUUUCACUCAGGUCAGAGGAGAUGGCUGAGAAGAAAGCCAUCUUGUUCAACUUCUGGGGAGUUGCUGUCUCUUCCAGACCUCAUGACGUUUUCCACAAGUUGGAGGAGUUGCAUAACCUGCCAGGUGGUUUUCUGUCCGGCGUGGCGUCCCAGAAGGACGGCGCCAUGAGCCGGGCAGAGAGAGGUCAGAUGACCCUUUCUCAGAUGAUCCCAGCCUUCGGGGCAGAGUGUGUGAAGGAGGCCGAGGUCAAGGGUGUGACCCUGCCGUCUGAUUGGUCAGUGAGAGGCCUGCUGGAGGAGCUCAGAGCGGUGAUGAUGGACGUCCAACCAGCCGUGCUGAAGACCGCUGCCAGCCUGCGUCACAGUGGGCUACUGACAGCUGUUCUGGCCAAUCACUGGCUAGAUGACGGCGUGGCUGGAGACGGUCCAGCCCGCCUCCUCUCUCUGCUGGGCGGCCACUUUGACCUGGUCCUCCAGUCCUGCCGCUCAGGUCACAUGGUCCCAGAGCCUGCCAUGUUCAGCUCCGCUCUGCAGCACCUGGGAGUGACAUCACAACAGGCUCUGUGGUUGGAUGCAGAUGAGGAAGGUGUGAAGGCAGCAGAGGGAGCGGGAAUGAAGGCCAUCUUGGUGGAAAAUCUGGAUGACGCUCUGAACAAACUGGCCAACUUUACUGGAGUUCAGGCUGUUGGAGCAGAGAGUCCUCCAGCAUCCUGCAGACCUGAUGAAGUGUCUCAUGGAUACGUCACCAUCAGGCCUGGUGUGAGGACUCAUUAUGUUGAAAUGGGCUCAGGUCCACCAGUUGUGCUGUGUCACGGCUUCCCUGAGAGCUGGUACUCCUGGAGGUACCAGAUCCCAGCCGUGGCAGCAGCAGGAUUCAGGGUGUUGGCUCUGGACAUGAAGGGAUACGGAGAGUCCACAGCACCCCCAGACAUAGAGGAAUAUUCUCAGGAGCAGCUUUGCAAGGAUUUAAUCACAUUUAUGGACAAAAUGUCGAUGCCACAGGUCACCCUGGUGGGUCACGACUGGGGCGGUGCUCUGGUGUGGACCAUGGCUCAGUAUUACCCUGAGAGAGUCAGGGCUGUGGCGUCUCUGAACACUCCUCUGUUCCGUGCGGAUCCUUCUGUAAGUCCAGCAGAGAAACUGAAGGCUGUUCCCAUAUUUGAUUACCAGCUCUACUUCCAAAAACCUGGCGUAGCAGAGGCCGAGCUGGAGAAAGACUUGGAGAGGACGUUCAAGAUUUUCUUUUUCAGCAGUGCUGAAGCGGAGAGGCGUCCUGCUAUCAGCACUGCAGGAGUCUGUGCUCGAGGUGGUCUUUUUGUGGGUCUGCCGGAGCAGAUUCCCCGCAGCUGCAUGCUGACGGAGGCCGACCUGCAGUACUACGUCAGCCAGUACAAAGAGCGAGGCUUCAGGAGGCCGUUGAAUUGGUAUCGAAACGGGGAUUUGAACUGGAGGUGGAUGUGCUCUCGUCCCACCGGAAAGCUGCUGAUGCCUGCUCUGAUGGUGACGACAGGUAAAGACCAGGUGCUGCUGCCGGCCUUCUCCAAGGGGAUGGAGGACCUGAUCCCGAACCUGAGCAGAGGACACAUUGAGGAGUGUGGACACUGGACUCAGAUGGAAAGGCCAGCCGAGACAAACGGCAUCCUGAUAUCGUGGCUCAAAGAAACACUGACGAAGGCCGGAGGCGUUGCCGUGGCACCCAAACUGUGAAGGCGGGAGGAUGAAGUCAGAA